AAUUUAAGACAUCAGCAAUCGUCUACAAUUGCAAGUCCGAUACAGCGUCUCCAAGGAAGUUCGACGAUGCAACUCUUUCUUUGACAAACUUUCCGAAUCAGCGCAUGACCUACGCUGCGAUGUAUGGGUGCACACCAUCGACCGCUGGAAAACUCACGGCAUGGCUUAAAAUGUUCAGAGGGCAGGCUUCAUAUCCAUUGCUAAUGCCUUUGAUAUUUGCAGAGUUUGAACGCAAAAGUCACUUCAAUGUUCUCGACCGAGAGCGAACGAGCUCUAGACAGCUAGUAUUGAACACAUUUGCAGCAACGUCAGAAGUCGAAAACUUUGGUCCUAUGACUCGGAGCGGAAUGCUGAAAUCGACCAACUUGUGGCAUCAAAUCAGUGCUCUCAAGAUUGGAUUGGAAUGCUUUCACGAUCAAAUUGUAAAGAUGAUCGAGCACUCCGAGGUUCUUGCAAGGAGCACCUUCAGUCAUUCUAAGGAAGAUAGUGAGAGUAUCGAGCGCUAUACUACAGAGCAGCACGACACAGGUGAAAGGAUCAAGAGAAGAUUGUCAGAGAUACUCGCCGAGUACAACAUCCGAGUGAAAGAAUGCAAUAGCGCGCUCGGAGGCAUGGAACUGGCCUCCCAAAAGGAAUCGAGUUUCAAUACCAGGAGAGAUUCAAAAAAAUCCAUUUCCAUUGCUCGCGCCAUGAAGAGAGAUGGUGGUCAAAUGAAGACUAUUUUGCAUCUUGGAAUGGUCUUUCUCCCGGGGACUUUUCUAGCUAUACGUCGCUAUGAACAAGACUCGUCUUUCCUUUUAAUGGCUAUGAGGGGACCACCGGCAAAUGAUAGCUAAUACGUGACUAGAGCAUAUUCUCAAUGUCUUUCUUCAGCUGGACCCCGUCCGACAGCAACCAGAUGACUUCACCUUGGUUGGCCAUGUAUUUCAUACUUCCUGUCAUCAUUACAGCGCUUACUGUUUGGAGAAUGCGGAGGUGGAUGAGACAAGACGAUA